AUGUCAUCUCGUGUUGAAAAAUAUUUAUCUGAACAAAAAUCUGUCGGUGGCCCAUUCGCUAAUGAAUGGCUUGAAUUCGAAUCUCUCUAUCAAAGUCGUCUGUGGCAUGAAUUAACACUACGUGUAACAUCGUUUGUUCAUCGUGAUGAAUUAAAGCAAGGUGACCAAUUAAAAACUUUCUAUGAAAAUUUUCUAUCUGAUUUCGAACAUCGUAUCAAUCAGUUAGCAUUAGUAGAAAUUAUUAUACCUAUAACACGAACAUUUAAACAAGUUGAUCAAGCUAUAGAAUUUAUUCAACAAAUACGUGAAAAAGUUAAAAAUAAUUCCGUAGCUGUUCUCCUCUGUGAUAUAACGAUUGGUAAAGCAUAUUUAGUAACCAAAAAUUUAAUUGAAACUAAAAAAAUUAUUGAAAAUUUAAGUCCAAAAUUCGAUGAACUCGAUCAUUUAACGACAGUUCAUUCAAGAUUCUAUGAUUUAGCGUCAAAUUAUUAUCGUUUUAUGGGAAAUCAUAAUGAAUAUUAUCAAAAUGCACUUAAAUAUCUUGGUUGUAUUGAUCUAUCAAUAAUUCCAUUGAAAGAGAAAGCUGAACGUGCAUUCAAUCUUGGUUUAGCUGCAUUAUUAGCUGAAAAUGUUUAUAAUUUUGGUGAAAUACUUCAACAUCCUGUACUUGAUGCACUUAAAAAUACACGUGAACAAUGGCUAAUCGAUUUAUUACAAGCAUUUAAUAUAGGUGAUGUAGAAAAAUUUGAUGCAUUAAAAUCUCUUUGGCAAAGUCAACCGGAUUUACGUAUGGCAGAAUUUGUCUUAAAGAAAAAGGCUACAUUACUUUGUCUUAUGGAUAUGAUAUUUGCUGCAGGUGGUUCACGUUCAUUAAGUUUCAAUGAUGUUGCUACACGAACGAAAAUACCUAUUGAACAAGUUGAAUUAUUAGCUAUGAAAGCUCUAUCAUUAGAUUUAAUACGUGGAAGUAUUGAUCAAAUUGAUCAAAAAUUAAAUAUGCACUGGGUUAAACCACGUGUUUUAGAUUUAAGACAAGUUGCAACAUUAAAAACACGAUUAGAUCAAUGGACAAAUGAUGUCAAACAAAUGUCUUCAUUAGUUGAACAACAAGCUGGAGAUAUUCUUUCGUAG